AUGAAGUCUGUCUCUGUCCUCGGCUUUGCUGCCGGUGCUGCUGCCACCUUCGGCUUCCACAACGCUCCCCCCUUCACCUGCCCGGAGAACACGGACAACAAGUGUACCCCGAAGCAGAUCCCUGGCUUCGACUUCAACGAUGCCACCCCCGGUCCCUUCAACAACUAUGACGGCUUCGACUUCUUCGGCUGGGAGUGCAAGUCCGGCAGCGGCCGCCGUGACCGCUUCGAUGCCCGCACCUUUGGCGGCAAGUCUAUCUUCGGUAGCUGCGGUCCUGACAAGCAGUCUUCUCCUUCUUUCGGCUGCGGCAAGGGUGGCCAGACCGACAAGUUCUCGCUCGGCGGCAUCCACGUCAUCCCCGAGUUCGACUGCGAUCUCGAGUUCCACUACGACAUGCCUGACGGCUCUCAGUGCAAGCACCGCUCUCCCUGCUCUUCCAAGGGUACUUGGGUCAAGAACAACCAGUGCGGUGGUGCCAAGAACGUGACCAUCGUCUACCCUCCCCAGCCCCAGAAGCCCAAGAAGACCUGCGGUGUCCACGUCCCCUCCAUGACCUUCGACUGCGGUACCAAGAGCAUCCCCCCUCCCACUAAGCCCGCCACCAAGCCCGCCACCACCAAGCCUGCCACCACCGCUCCUCCUACCAAGCCCGUCACCACCCCUGCUGUGCCCACGACCUCGGUCGACACCGACACCUGCAGCGACGAGGAGAGCACCACCACUCCGGCCACCAAGCCCGCGACCACCCCGUCCUCCCCUGGUGUGACCACCCCCACCCAGAGCAAGCCGUCUGAGACCCAGCCCACCCAGAGCAAGCCUUCUGAGACCAAGCCUACUCAGAGCAAGCCUACUCAGACUACUCCUGGCCAGACCACCACCAGCAACUCGCCUGGCUCCUCGACCAGCAGCGUCCCCUCUGUCGGCACUCCCUCUGUCAGCACCGGCUUCAGCAUCACCACGACCAGCUUCAUGAGCACCUCGACCAUCUUCACCACCAGCGUCUCCACCAUCACGAGCUGCGCUCCCACUGUGCCGAACUGCCCUGCUGGCAGCGUGACCACCACCAUUGUCACCGUUCCCGUCUCGACCACGAUCUGCCCCGUCACCGAGACCCGCUCCGUCCCUGUGAGCAAGCCCGUCGAGAGCAAGCCUCCUCAGCAGUCCACGACCACCGGCAACUCGCCCGUCUCCUCUCCUUCCAAGCCCGCGGAGUCGCUCCCUGCCACCUCCACCAAGCCCAAGGGCCCCGAGGAGACCCUGCCUUGCCCUGCUGUCGUUCCCCAGUGCCUGAACACUUUCCUGUUCAAGCUGUCCUGCUCGGACAACACCGACCACGCCUGCUACUGCCCUGACAAGCUGUUCGUCGAGAACGUCUUCAGCUGCAUCUACGCCCACGGCGAGAGCGACACCAUCGUCUCCCAGGCCGUUGUCUUCUUCCAGGGUCUCUGCGCGCCCUACGUCCCCAAGAACCCGGCCAUUGUCACUGGCGCCACCGUCACCACUUACAUCACCGUGACUGCCACCCCCACCGUCCCUGCCCAGCAGCAGACCACCGUCAUCGUUGACCAGACCACCGUCGUGCCCUGCACCGACGAGUCCGGCUCGACCAUCCCCAACUCGAGCACCACCGUCACCAUCUCGACGGCGAUGACCGUGCCCCAGGUCGGCUUCACCACCACUGCUGGCACCGUCAACAUCGUCCCCGGCCCCACCAACCCCGCCGGUCCUGCCGAGACGGGCAAGGUGUCUCCCCCCGGUGCCACCAACACCAAGAACUCCCCCGUUGGCGGCGGUGCCGCCAACCCCACCGGCACUGGCGCCGUCAAGCCUACCCCCACGGGCGGCUUCGCGACCGUCAACGCCGGUGGCCGCACCAGCGCUGGCUUCGGCCUUGCCGGCUUUGUCGUCAUGGCUGUUGCCGCUCUCCUGUAA